AUGCGGACAGCACAUCAUCAUCAAUUAUAUGGUCCGCCAUUUCCUUCCCCUUCCACCUCAAGUUCCACUUCUCCACAUAAAGCUGUCGGUCAACCAUAUGCUCCGAGAGCGGCAGCUGUACCAGUCGCAUCGAGUGUGAUGGAGGGAGCCGCGGGUAGAUACGAAGAUGAAGAAGAGUAUGAUUCCAGUGGGGAUGAAAUCGAGAAGAGGAAGUUGGAGUCUAGAAGGGAAAAGAAUAGAGUCAAACAGAGGAAUCUCAGACAACGUAGAGCAGAACACAUCUCCGGUUUAGAAAAAACUGUUGCAGCAUUACAAAAGGAGAACUCUUCUUUAUCCUCUUCCCUAUCUGAAACUCAAUCACGUGAAAACAAACUUCAUUCUUGGGUUAAAGAUCUCGAAAACGCUCUAUAUCGAAAUAAUCUUUCUUCCGAAGUUGAAUCCUAUCGUAGAAUAUGGACACCGGUAUUACAACGAAGACCAUCCACUAUGUCCAACAUGACGAUUAAUUCAAAUCCUAUCGGAAUGAAUAUGAACAUGUCAAUGGGAAAUAAUGAUCCAUUAUCUACUCUCGCUCAAGCUGCAGCAUCGAUACCUGUUUCUUCAACACCUCCAAUAUACCCUUCAUCUUCAACUCCACCCAUUUUUCCAUCUUCAACACCCGUAUUCUCUUCUUCAACCCCCCCUGUAUUCUCUUCUUCAACACCACCAAUUUACUCUUCUUCUAAAACCCCCCCAUUUUCUCAUCGACCACCUUCGGCUAAUGGUCAAAGACCAAUGUGGAAUCGUGCCUUGACAGGUGGGUUUCAAUGGGAUCCAGCUGCUGUUGAUAAUCCUUAUGACUAUAAUAAAGAACGAAAUGAAAGACGAGGAAAAUCAAGACAAGAUACGGAUAAACAAGAUAGAGAUAUAUUGGAAAGAGAAAGACAAACAGAAGAAAUGAGAAAAAGAAAAAGAUCUUUAGGUAUGGAAAGUCCUAAAUUAAGAUCUAGACCUGGUUCUUCAUCAGGUUCCAACACAGAAAGAGGAUUACAAGGAUUAGGUAUAGGAACAAAUAUAGAAAAAAUCGGAAAUGGACAAGGAUGGGAAAGAGAAAAAGAUAAAAGAGGAGAUAGAGAACUUGCGAUUCCUUGGGAAUUACCUUCAAAUCGAUCAAGACCUCAAACAGCACCUUCUUCUUCAACUUCUUUAUCAAUGACAAGUAUGUCAUCUUAUUCCACAUUACCAUCUUCCAAUUUUCAUUCCACUUUUUCAUCUUCCUCCCGACCGAAUUCAUCUUCAAUACCACUAAAUUCAAAUUCGACGAUAAACAACUCUACUUCUUUUUCAGCACAAGCAAAUUCCUCUUCCGCAUUCCCUGGUACACUCAACUUUUUAGGUUCACACCCUACCGGAUCCUCUGCUAUCCUACCUUCUGUCGUUCCGGGUUCUCAUGCCUCUCAUGGACCAGGUUCAGGAUCGACAUCAUCAUUCUCCGGUCAUUCCACUACACCUACUUCAUCUUAUUUCUCAACUAACCAUCCUCAUACAAAUUCUAAACUAAGAAGAACUUCCACUUCUUAUUCUCACCUUGAACAAAAAGAUGGUGAGGAGGAAAAUCGAAAUUCGGGAAAUGCUGGGGUUAUUCAAGGAGUUCAAAGUUCUCAAGGGGUUUCUAAAUCAGCUCCAUCGCCAAGACCUAUGAGGAUUGAAAGUCUUUUAUCCCCCGAUCUAGCUGGGACGGAAAAAGAUAUGGAAAAUCGUUCUCCGACCAAUGGUGACAUACCUUCAGGCUCUCCUCGUUCGACUCAAAAUCAAUUCCAACACCUACAUAUCCCUCAUGAUGAUACAGAUCCACGUUUAUCACCUACUUAUAACAUUCAUGAACAACCUAUUCCUCAUCAACAAUCAAAACAAGAUCCACACAAUCACAAUCAUCUUCCACGUGGCGGAGAGAUGGAAAUUGAUCAAUCUCUUACCCCUACCCCUUUCUCUCCAACAUCAACCUCUGUACAUUCGCCGUUAUCGACUCAAAAGACAGAUAAAACAUACGAAACUCAAACCAGUCAAGGAUCUCAAACUGUCCGUUCGACCUCUUACGCAAAGUCUGAAACUCAAGACAACGCGGAAAUGGAUAAAAGACCUAAAUGGAAUUCAACUUCUCCACCUAUUUACAGACCUUAUCAACCUUUACCAUUACCAUUACCGCAACAAACUGUUAGACCUCUUAUCCCUCAGAAGAUACAACGUCAAUGUGCUGCUUUCUCCUCAGGAGAGGGAAUUAGUCCAACAGGAGGAGAACGUGAUCUUGGUGGAUCAAAUUCGAGAGAGAGGACAGUUGGAUCUGGUGAAAGUACUCCUGCAGUCAACGGAGAAAUCGGAAAUCUGCCAUCGGGGUCGAGAUCAGGAGGAUUGACUCUCUCAUCAGGAUUUCAGAAAGAGAGAAGAAAUGAACACGGUUUACCUGAAGGAAGAAGGAUAGAGGAUGAGGCAGGGUCUGAAAAGCGUAUGGGUCAACGAGACGAACGGGGUGCAGAUGGAGGAGUGGGAAGGGAGGUCGAUAUGGGAGAAGAAUGGAGAGAUCAAUUGAAAAGCGAGGAGACGAUAAUUCCAGCUGAAGGGGAGAUGAGGGUCAAGGUGGAACGGGUAGGUGAGCUGGAUCUGUGGACGAACUUUCCUCAAGGGAGGAACAAGGAAGGAAGAGGGGAUGUACAGGUCGUUCAAGGCCUCUCAGAUGAGGAAUGACGAGAUGAGAAAUGACGAGAUGAGAGAGGGUAAUGGAGCAGGAGACAAAGAAUAUUCCUGUUCAUAUUGUCAGAAUCAUAUGCAUCUUGUUCAUCCGU